GUGGCAGUGGGCCCUGCACCUUCUGCAGCAUCUUCGCGCCCAAGAUCUGCGCGGCAACGUGGUCGCUGUGAGCUCCGCGAUGUUGGCAUGCCACUGGGGGCAGCAGUGGCAGAUGGCCAUUCACUUGUUGCAGACUCUGCAGGAAGAGCAACUUCAAGGCAACAUCCUCACCUACAACGCUGCCAUCGCUGCAUGUCAUGGGGGCGGUCAAUGGCGAAGAGCCUUGUGGCUGCUGGCGGAAGCACAGAGCUAUCAAUUGGAGGGGAACUCGAUCACUUACAAUGCAGCGCUGAGUGUUUGCAGCUGCCAAGAGCAAUGGGCAUUUUGGCUUGGAAUCCACAGGCGCAUGCUUUGCAGCUUUUGGAGCACUUUCCAGUGGAGCACUGGGAUGUCAUCACCUUUGUUGAAGCCAUCAGCGUUGAGACAGCGAGGAUGUCAUCGCGGACGCCAAGAGUAUCUGAGUUCAUGGCGGAUCUUCAGGCGAAAGCCACCAGCCUUCUUUGUACCGGCACCGACGAUCCGACGGCACCGACGAUGCGAAAAGAUCCGGUCCUUUUUUUGGAACGAAACGUUGAAAUGGCACCCGUGGCAACCGUUCUCCUGGUCCUGUUCAGCACCAGCGUGGCAACGCGCAAUGGUGACUCUGAGCACAUCGAGAUGUCAUUGAUGAACGAUGAAAAGGAAACUAUGGAAAAGAAAAAACCAACGUAUGGCGAGGCAUGCGAUUGCAGUGCCGAAAGUCCAUGGGGUGCACAGCAUUGCUGUGACAGUGGCUUGGUUUGCAGCAGGUCCAGCAAAACCUGCAAGCCAGCUCUGGGCAAACAGUGCACUCCCUCUUGGAUUCCAGGCUACACCGACUGUGCCAAAAGUACCUACAACGCCGACAUCAAAUGCAAGCCCUAUGCAGACAAGCCAGAAAAGGGAUGGUGUUGCAUCAAGACGGGUAGCGAGGUCCCACGCGCUGGUUUUUUUCAGAGCCUUGCUGCGAUGGUCACACAAGAUGGAAGGGCGCCAAGAUGUACUGCAGCGGCACGGCUGAAGAGUGAGCGGCAGGAGCGACCGUGUUGGAAAAGGCUUUGGUGUCAGCAGCUUCAAACGCACAACUUUCGAUUGAACAAAAUAAAUAGACUGUGGAGGCGUGAGCCCGAUGAUGCCAGAUGUAUGUGUUUUCUAACAUCAGGGUUUCUAGGGGCAUAUUUCAGGGUCGGGUAG